AUGCUCGGGGCUGGCGGGGCCGUGCGCGGGGUCGCGCUGCUGCUGCUGCCGCUGCUGCUGCCCCGCGCCGCCCGCGGGGCCGCGGUGUGCGGGCUGUGCCCGGGGCUGCCGCAGAACGGCUCCAUGGUGUCCCGGUUCUGUGAGUCCCAGGGCAGCAGAGCUGAGAGCGACGGGCGCUGCUGCUGGGAGCGGGGCCCAUCCCCAGCGCGGCUUCUGGGGCUGGACCUGAGCAACUGCUCCCUGCACACUGUCCCCCCGGGACUGGCCGAGGCCAGCGCUGCCGUCGUCCUGGACCUGAGUGAGAAUCCCCUGACGGCUCUCCCCGAUGGUUCCUUCCUGGGCUUCAUCCACCUGCAGAACCUCGCGGUGCCGCUGCCGCUGGAGUGUCCUGGUGGGAGCGACGCCUGGCAGAACGUGACAGUGGACGGGAGCAGCCGGCUGUGCCAGGGACAGAGGAACCCCUGCAACAGCUCUGUGGAGCUCGCCUGGCCGUGUCCUGAAAACUCUGUGUGUGCCCCUGACGGCCCGGGCCUCUUCCAGUGCCUCUGUGAGAGUCCUUUCCACGGCUACAAGUGCCUGCGUGAGGGGACGUUCCCGAUGCUUCUUUUCGGAGGAAUCCUGGGCACUGCCACCGUGUCCCUGUCCCUGCUGCUGUGGGGCACCCAGCGGAGGAAGGCCAAGACCCCCUGAGCAGGACAGGGAUUGUGCCUGGGCUGGAAGCUCUGUGGCCUGGGAUCAAUAAAGCUGCAGGUCCUCA